AUGGCUUCCGAGCAGUCGCUUUCGAGCGGGGACGCGGCAUCGACUCCAUCGCUCGCAAACUCCAAAGGACCGUCUCGCGCCUCGACAUCAGCAGAGGGGACGCCGAAACCCCGCCAGGGUACCCUUGCAACGCGACUGCUGCAGAACCAGCUGAACGCGGCGAACAGGGAGGCGGCGACACCAAAGGGCAAGGGUCCUGCGACGACCGAAGGUCCUCCCGACUCGACGUCUCGCGCGCAGUUCGAGGGGCAGGAGGACUUCAUCUCCUUUGAAGCAUCGCCGUCACCGCCGCCGCAAACCGGAUCAGCUGGAGGAAGAGGGACACCGCGAGACGGCGCGCCUGGGUCGAGGAAGAGAAGCGGCAAGAGGAAGCACGAUGAGUUCGAUGAGGGGGAGCUGGAAGAGUCAAGCAGAAGGCUGCGGGACCGCGAGAAGGCGCGGAGUACGCCGUGGUGCGAGGACCCGGGCGUCGACUGGCGCAAGCACGAGACUUCCAUCGACCAGUUCAACGCCGAAUGUCGCGCUUUCGUGACUUACAUCUCCCCUACUCCGAUCGAACACCAGCUUCGCUUGUGGACUAUCGAACUCAUUCGCCGCACGAUCAAGAGCAAGUACCCUGAUGCCGACGUCCAGUGCUUCGGGAGCGUCGGAACGGGACUUUACCUGCCAGGCGGUGACAUCGACCUCGUCGUCCUUUCCUCUUCCAUGCCCUCUCCCCCACUCAAGCCCUCAUCGUCCCUCCUCCACCGCCUCGCCUCCCUCCUCCUCACCUCCUCCAUUGCCGCCCCUCAGUCCCUCGUCGUGAUCGCCAAAGCCCGCGUCCCGAUCGUCAAGUUUGUUACUCGCUACGGCGGUUUCAGCGUCGAUCUCUCGGUCAACCAGAAGAACGGUGUCGAUGCGGCCGUGAGGGUGAGGAGCAUGCUGGAGGAGUACGCGUUCAGGGAGGAGGGGUACGUCGAGCCGGGGAUGGCCGACCUCGGCGGGCCCUCGAAGGGGAAGACCGUGUCGAAGGGGAAGGGGAAGCAGCGCGCAUCUCCCGAAGAAGGCGAAGAGGCAGAUUCGGACGAGGACGAGGAAGGCCAGUUGAGCGGCGGCGCCGAGCCUCAUCCCGUUGACCACGGCGUCGCGAGGUCGAUGGUUCUGCUGGUCAAGGCGUUCCUGGCGCAACGAGGCAUGAACGAGGUCUUCACGGGCGGAUUGGGCAGCUACUCGAUCAUCUGCAUGGUCAUCUCGUUCCUUCAGCUGCAUCCGAAGAUCCAGACCUCGACGAUCAACCCGAAUCGCAACCUCGGCCUGCUCUUCGUCGAAUUCCUCGAACUGUAUGGCAAGCACUUCAACUACGACCAGGCGGGUAUUACGCUUCGAGGACGCGGUGGAUACUUCAACAAGCACGACAAGGGGUGGUUCCGGCCCCAGCAGCCAUACCUCCUCUCGAUUGAGGACCCUAAUGACCCGCAAAACGACGUCUCUGGUGGCUCUCACGCCAUUCUCCGGGUCCGACAAACCCUCGCAGGGGGCUUCGACACUCUCGCCGCCUGGCUCAUCCAGCGGCACUCGCUCCUCGCCUCUCGCUCAAAUCCCUCCCUCGUCGCCCUCUCCGCCUCCGCUCUUCCAAAUGCCGACUCCGACCCUCCGAGCCGCAUGAGCCAAAGCUUACUUGGUUCCGUCAUCGGCCUUUCGAAGCACGAUGCGGAUGCGCGAGACGCCAACGUCCGGCUAUGGGAAGACGGCGUCCUGCAGCGCCUGCUGGACCGAACGGACCCGAACAAGGGCGCCGGCGCCGGCCUGAGCAAGAAGGGCAUGAAGAAGAUGCAGCAGGAGGCGCGAGACCGUGAGAAGCGCGAGCGGACUAUUGCGCGACUCGAGCGCAAGAUCGAGGAGAAGGAGAAGAAGAGCCUGAGGCGCAAGGAGAAGAAGGCGGCGAGGAAGGCGGAAAAGGCGGCAGCCGAGGGCGGCGAGGUCCUCACGAUCCAGCCACUGGUCGACAGAUCCGCGAUCGAAGAUGCCAAGGCGAAGGAGGCGGCGCUCGAAGCCCUCGCUCCACAUGCGACCGCGCAGGACGACGAGGACGACACGUCGAUGGGCGAAGCAGGCUUUGUCAUCGACACGACCGGCUCGCGCGGUGCCGCCGUAUCGGACGAGGAGGAGAGCGACUCGCGGUAUCUUCUCGGCGUUCCUUCCGUCGCGACCACCUCCACCUCGUCACGCAACGUCUACACGCACGUCACGGACGACUCGUCGGCGAGCGAUGACGAGCAUGGCUCCGACGGCGAUGUCGUCCUCGGCGGGUUCGGCGGGGACUUCGUCCGGCACGAUGGCAGCGUCGAAGCGUCUCGCGCAACGUCGAAGACGGGAUCAUCUGUCGACUCGGACGAGGUCGUCGAGGCGUUGAUUGUGCCGCCAGCGAAGCGCGUCAUGAAGGCGACGUCGGAGAAUGGCCAGGCCAAGAAGAAGAAGAAAACGAGCCAGGACAAGGCCGAUGCCAGGAUGGCUUUCUGGGCCGCAAAGGGCAGGAAGGAGACUGGCAGCGACAGCGAGUAG